UUUUAUCUCACACAAAAGAAAUAAAUACGUUGAUAUCACGAAUGAUCUGUCGCGAAGGACAUCGAAACAGUGUGAAUUCAAUAUCGCUAUGAUGAGCAAAGCUAGAGUCGUGCUAGCUUAUUCCGGCGGUUUGGAUACCAGUUGCAUUCUGAAAUGGCUUAUGGACAAAGAUUACGAGGUGAUUUGUUAUAUGGCGAACAUAGGCCAGGAUGAAAACUUUGAGGAGGCUAGAGAGAAAGCGUUGAAGAUCGGAGCUGCCAAGGUGGUAAUUGAAGACGUUCGAGAAACAUUCGUCAAAGAUUAUGUGCUGCCAGCUGUCCAGGCAGGACUGUUGUAUGAAUCUCGCUAUUUACUGGGAACAUCUUUGGCGAGACCCUGUAUAUCAGUGAGUCUGGUCAAAUGCGCCAAAGAAAACAAUGCGCAUUACAUUGCACAUGGAGCAACAGGAAAAGGCAAUGACCAAGUCCGAUUCGAGCUGUCUUGUUACUCGCUUUGGCCAGAAAUUAAGAUAAUCGCACCCUGGAGGCAAGAAGAAUUCACCACGAAGUUUCAAGGAAGACAGGAUCUUCUGAGAUACGCCUCCGAAAACAACAUUCCAGUCUCGGCAACGCCAAAAGCUCCUUGGAGCAUGGACGCCAACUUGAUGCACAUCAGUUACGAGUCUGGAAUUCUAGAAAAUCCAGAUAACGAACCUCCAGAGGACCUUUUUGUGAUGACCAAAGAUCUGAAACUAGCUCCAGAUACAUCUCUUCGGAUUCAGGUACAUUUCGAGAAAGGUAUUCCAGUUUUGGUGGAAAGCGGAAGUAGAAGAAUUGAAAAGCCUUUGGAGAUUCUAUUGUUUCUCAAUGAAAUAGGAGGAGAACACGGUGUUGGAAGAAUCGACAUUGUAGAGAACCGUUUCAUAGGGAUGAAGUCCAGAGGGGUGUACGAAACCCCUGGCGUUUACAUUCUGCAUAAGGCUCACGAAGAUAUCGAAUUGUUUUGCUUGGAUAAAGAGGUUUACAGGGUCAAGCAAAGCCUUCGAGAUCGCCUGUCUGACUAUAUUUAUAACGGUUUUUGGUUUUCACCAGAGGCUGACUACGUUCGCAAAUGCAUCUCUCUAGCAGAGGAAACUGUUAGUGGUAUUGUGAAGUUGGAGAUUUAUAAAGGAAAUG